GACGUCUCGCACCCGACGUCUCGCACCCGGCUUUCCUCUCUUUCCGCACCUCCUCGCGCAGCUGCCGCACCGGUCUGCAGACAUGGCGAACGUCGUAGACACGAAACUGUACGACCUGCUCGGAGUGUCUCCGUCGGCCACCGAAAACGAGCUGAAAAAGGCAUACCGGAAGUUGGCAAAAGAAUACCACCCUGAUAAGAACCCAAAUGCAGGUGACAAGUUUAAGGAGAUCAGUUUCGCCUAUGAGGUUUUGACGAACCCGGAGAAGAAGGAGCUAUACGACCGGUAUGGCGAGCAGGGCUUGCGUGAGGGGGGCGGUGGCGGAGCCGGGAUGGAGGAUAUCUUCUCUCACAUCUUUGGUGGAGGUCUGUUCGGCUUUAUGGGAGGCCAGAGCAGCAGGAGCAGAAAUGGGGGCAGACGGAGAGGAGAGGACAUGAUCCACCCGCUAAAGGUGUCUUUGGAAGACGUAUACAAUGGGAAAACUACCAAACUUCAGCUCAGCAAGAAUGUACUCUGUAGUGCCUGCAAUGGUCAAGGAGGUAAAACGGGAGCGGUGCAGAAGUGUGUCACAUGUAGAGGUCGUGGCAUGCGAAUCUUGAUCAGACAGUUGGCCCCUGGCAUGGUUCAGCAGAUGCAGUCUGUGUGCACUGACUGCAAUGGAGAGGGGGAGGUGAUCAGUGAGAAAGACCGAUGCAAAGAGUGCGACGGCCGAAAAGUGUCUAAAGAGGUGAAGGUCUUGGAGGUGCACGUGGAUAAAGGCAUGAGACACGGACAGAAGAUCACAUUUAGUGGAGAGGCAGAUCAGUCCCCAAACACGGAACCUGGAGACAUCAUAUUGGUCCUGCAGGAGAAGGAGCAUGAGGAAUUCCGCCGGGAUGGCAGCGACCUCCACAUAUCCCACAGGAUUGGUCUUGUGGAGGCACUCUGUGGAUUUCAGUUCAUGCUCACGCACCUCGACGGACGACAUCUUGUCAUCAAAAAUCCACCUGGAAAAGUCAUAGAGCCAGGUUCCAUAAGGGUCGUCCGGGGUGAAGGAAUGCCUCAGUACAGAAACCCGUUCGAGAAGGGAGAUCUGUUCAUCAAGUUUGACGUGCAGUUUCCAGACAAUGGCUGGAUAAGCACAGAGAAACUAACGGAGUUGGAGGAUCUGUUGCCGUCACGUUCAGAAGUUCCUGUCAUCUCAGCUGAUGCCGAGGAGGUGGAUUUGCAGGACUUUGAUAUCAGCCAGGGGUCGUCUGGCGGUCACCGCCGUGAAGCUUACAACGACAGCUCGGAUGAGGAGGGCGGUCCACAUGGACCGGGGGUGCAGUGCGCCCACCAGUAAUCCCUGAUUUCUUUGCAAAUUGUUUUGGGGAGUGUUAAGAUCCCCUGUUGUUGGACAGACCCCCCCGUCCAUCAUUCUUCACACCAUGUAGUGAACCGAACACACACACAAUAGUAAGACUAUAAAGAUAACACACAUGCACUGACAUCAUUUACCUGCAGUCUACAACUUAACACACACACACACACACA